GACUUUAGAAAGAGAGAGAGAGAGAAGAAGAAGAAGAAGCCACCCCAUGAUUAGAGGUCUAGGGGUCACUGCUCAAAACUGAAUCCAAUUCAAUCAAAGAUGGAUGCUUUCACUUAUAAUGAAAAGGUGGUAAAUCUUCGUUCAGAGUUGGAACGGCUAGGUAAAGAGAAUGAAAAUCUAAGACUGUUGAUAGAAGUAAUGAGCAAUGGGUGCAACAUCCUCCAAGCCCAACUCCCGAAGAUGAAAGACGAUCAAAUUAGAAGUUUUCUAAUCGAGAACGAACGUAGCUAUGAUUCAGGAAAAAGAGGGAGGACCAAAGUUUCAGUCAUCAAGCCUUCACAGAUAUUUGUGAGAACCGACCCAAACGAUAAGAGCUUGAUAGUGAAGGAUGGAUUUCAAUGGAGAAAAUAUGGGCAGAAGGUCACUAAAGAUAAUCCAUCACCUCGAGCUUAUUACAGAUGUUCAAUGGCUCCAUCUUGCCCAGUCAAAAAGAAGGUGCAGAGAAGCCUGGAGGAUGAGUCAGUUAUUGUUGCGACUUAUGAAGGAGAACACAACCAUGAACAUGAUGGAGUUGGGAAAUCUACAGCUUCGCCAGAUGGAUCGAUCACUCGAGUUGCGGAUGAUCCAAUUGGACCAAGUAUUACCCUUGAUCUUACGCUUUCUAGGACGAGUAAAGAGAGUAACAUACCAUUUCAGAAUAUAAGAGAAAACCACAACACCAACAGAAACUGCAGUGACAUUGAAGACUUUGUUGCUUCCUUAACUAAGGAUAACAAAUUCAUGGCAUCUCUAGCUGCAGCUAUUGGAAAAUCCCUUGUUGAACACCCUAGACCAACCGGAACAUAAAGGACAAUAAC